AUGUCUUACCUUUGCUCCCUUUUUAGGACCAGGGUUCUCAUAAAGCAGGACAAAAGAAAGCAAAAGGAAUACUUUGAAAGAAAUAGGUUAAAAUCAAAAAUGAAAUUACUGGGAGUUUUGUCUCCUGCCAAAAAUUCCACUGCCAGUUUAGAUCUUCUUAAUCUUUAUAUAGUAAAUCAGAUAUCCUGCAAGAAGAAAGAAACUGAAAUUGUAAAGAAACCAACCCAUGUAAAUAUGAAUAGAGACAUAAAAAUGCCACUAAGACAGUAUGAUUUAGAACUUCCACUGUCCCCUCAUCAUAUAUCUUCUAAACUCUGCCUUGAUGACACAGAAAACAAAAUACACUGUCAAAAACUAGAUAACAAGGAAGGAUGUGGCUCAGUUCAGUCAUCACAGAAUAUGGACUCAUGCAGUAUGUUUGAACCUCCAUUCUUCAGAACAGAAAACUGUAAUUUUCCUCCAUCCUUUUCAGCAGAAGUAUCUUCUGAUAGACAUAUUCUUAAACCAAAUUUCACACCCACAAAAGUGCCUUGUCCUCUGAAGUUUUCACUUGAAAAAAAGCAAAAUGACCAGUGCAACACUGUUAACUGUUUGGAUUCCUUGGUUUCCAAAUUAAGUGAAUGUCAAAAUGUUCUCAACUCACCACAUGAAGUAGCAAAAUUUGGAACAUUAUUUGAGCACUUAAACAAUCCAGGAAAUGGAAAUACACUUACUACAAGACCUGAUAUAGCUUUGGAUGAAGAUUGGAAAAGCAUGAAUGAAAGGCAGUCUGACCUAAUUUUUGCAAAUCAAGCAGCACAACGUAUUUGGGGAGAAAAUGGAAAAGAAAUUUCAAAUUUUCUUGAAGAUGUGAACCAGCCAACUCAUAGUAUUCUAUCAGAGAAUUGUGACUCUUUUGUUGGUCAAAACAUGAUCAAUUUAUUAAGUAUAGAUCAAAUGAGGCAGGAAACUUUUAAGAAGCGUGAUUAUGCUAGUUUAGGAAAUGCUUGUGUAGUCACUAAUUCUGAUGAAAAUCCUUCCACCAAUGGAUGUGGUAGGAGUAUUUUUACAGGUCCACAGUCAGCUUUCAGUGAUUCUGCUUGUAAUGAAACAAGUUGUCCAGAAAACUUACAGCCAAUCAAGAACUAUCAGAAGGAGCACAACAGUAAGGAAUAUAUAAUCUCUGCAUUUUUUUCUGAGGAUUGUUACCCAACUAGUUAUGAAAAACAAGAAAAAUGUGAGAAUGAUUACCAAGAAAAGAUGCUACAGAAAAAUAACCAGGAAGAUCCGGUGAGCUCUGUGUGUAAUAGCCCUAUGGAAGAGUUGCAUCUUAACCGGUCAGGGAACUUUGGACUUGGCGAGAUUAUGAUGGAAGAAGGAACGUAUUCUUUAACAUUUAGGCCAACAUCUAAGAAAAUCUGUCUCGAUUCUUCGCAGUGCAGUCCGUGCUCCAGCUACUCGCCAAGGCCCACGGAGAGCUGCUUCAGUUCCAGUCCAGAGAUGCCAUCUGAUGAUGAAGACCAAAUAUUGCGACAAACUGAAGACUCAAAUAAGAUAUCCACAAAAACCACAGAAACAAGUAAUAACUUUUACCUAGAAAGGAUGGUGGAACUUUCAGAUGAUAGGAUUGUUAACAACAAUGCUAAAUUUCACAAGCUGAAUGAGAAAUUUUAUCAGUGUUCAAUAAAAAAUAAUGCACAUCAGUUUCCACAAACCCAGGACAAUUUAUCACAUGCACUGGAAAACAAAACCAGCAGCUGCAUUGUGCAGAUUGUAAGACAUGACACAGGGGUGCAGACAGAGCCGGAAGCUGUGGGGGAAGACAAGUUAGAUGCUGCCGUACAGUGUAAUAUACUUUCAGUGUGUGUGUGUGGGAGGGAUGUGUCUUCUCUCCACAGUGCUGAAAGGUGCACGUCAGGAAUUAUGGCAGCUACCACUGGAGGGCAGGAGAGCCCUACGAAUAGCUUGAUAUCUCAGCAAGAGGGAGCGGUUCAGCAGUUAAUUUGA